AUGAAGCAGCCGACAGAACGAGCUUCAGAGUAUCACGACACCUCUCGCAUUGUGCGCUUUGUGCACCCGUCUAAGAGCGAGACGGACCCGGAGCUGUUGUUGUAUUUGUGUGUUCCCGCGGUGCUUGUGGGCACACUCUUUAAGAUGUAUCAGAUGUAUUAUAUUGCUCUCUUCAUAGCUUGCAGCUCCUUCUUAAGCUGCCGCUAUGGAGAAGUCAAUGUGCAACAGUACAUCUCUCUGGGUAUGAUGAUCGUUAUGUCAACAACACUGCAGUUCAUGCAGCCCCAGAACCCCGGUUCGAGGGCCCCUCCUCAAGGACCCUCACCGCAGCAACAACAGGGGCCUCCACCGCAGGCCGCUUCGUAG